AUGUCGAAGAAGGAUCCAAAUUACAAAAGGAUGGUAAUGGCAUGCUUCAUUCAGGCAGUCUACCUUCUUGAAAUAGACAGACAAGAUCAGAAAGGAGAAGAGGAUGGCCUUGCUCCAAAAUGGUGGAAGCCCUUCAAGUACAAGGUCACACAGACACUGGUGGACGAGAGAGAUGGCUCCAUAUACGGCGCCGUCCUUGAGUGGGACCGGUCUUCUGCAUUGUCUGAUCUUAUCCUCCUAAGACCAAGUGGCGCACCAAGGGCCGUGCUAGCUCUCCGAGGAACAUUGCUGCAGAAACCUACAAUUAAAAGAGAUCUACAGGAUGAUCUACGUUUCCUGGUUUGGGAGAGCUUAAAAGGAUCAGUGAGAUAUGUUGGCGCUUUAGAAGCACUGAAGGCUGCAGUUGAGAGAUUUGGGAGCGCAAAUGUUUGCGUCGCAGGGCACUCGUUGGGAGCUGGCUUUGCCCUUCAGGUAUGCAAAGAUCUCGCCAAGCAAGGAAUCUUCGUAGACUGCCAUCUGUUCAAUCCACCUUCUGUUUCACUUGCCAUGAGCCUAAGAAGCAUGAGCGAGAAGGCCAGUCACCUGUGGCAGAAAGUGAAGGCAAGCCUGCCAUUGAAGGAAGAAGCAGCGCUUGACUGUGCAAAAGAGGAUGGCAGCAUCAAGAAGAGACUACGCGCAGAGAAGAAAUGGGUGCCACACUUGUAUGUGAACAACAGUGACUACAUCUGCUGCCACUACAGUGCUCCCUCUUCCUCCGGACCCGACGGGGGUCCGGAUGAGCAGCAGCAGCAGCGCAAGGCGAGCGAGAUUGCUGGUGACGUGGUCGCGAAGCUCUUCGUCACGUCGUCAAAAGGCCCACAGAAGUUCAUGGAGGCGCACGGGCUGGAGCAAUGGUGGUCGGAUGGGAUGGAGCUGCUGGCUGUGUCUGACAGCAAGCUUAUACACAGGCAGCUGAAGUCUCUAUACUCGUCCACAGCAGUACCACCUCCUACAAAGUCAUAG